GCUGUUAUCCACGAGGCCUGAGUUGUGCCGUUACUUGCUUUAUAAGCACUUUUCGUUCUCUUUCCAAUUCCAUACUCUGGUAUUUUGUCUAUUUGAGUCGGCGGCUGGCAGUAUUUGGCCUGGUUUUCCUUUUCAGUUUCGCCAUAUUUGCAGGUUUUCUUUCUUCUUCUGUGCAUCUUCAAGACUCAUCUCUCUCUACGUAUGUGUGCAUUUCGCUUCUGGAAUGCGUAGAGGUUUGGCUGUGCUGGUGGUGAGUUUUGCGUGUUUGCGUUCUGGCCGCUGGAUCAGAGUGGCAGGUAUUUUGUUCGGCGUUUAGAGUGGAGUUCAAAGGAGUCUGAGAGCAGGAUGGGGGAGAAGGGAGAGAUGAUAGGUUCUGGGAGGAAGAUAACGGUUGGAGUUUGCGUAAUGGAAAAGAAGGUGAAAUAUGGCCCCGAGGCUUUCUCGGCGCCUAUGUGGCAGAUUCUCGAGAGGUUGCAAGCGUUUGGUGAAUUUGAGAUCAUAUAUUUUGGAGAUAAGGUCAUCCUGGAGGAUCCAAUAGAGAGAAACUCAUCAACCCUGGCUUAAUUCUUUCAAUUCGGAUAUGAAGUAAUGGCUAGCUAGGGCCGAUGUCACAUCACAGCUCCUGUUUAAAUUUCCUUGUCCUCUUUACUGAAUUCGGUUCUCAUAAUUUGUAUCAUGAACUAGGGAUUGUUGGGGAGGGUUUGCGAUAUAUGAAGUUUGGAACAUGAGAGCCGUAGCUGAAAAUGUCAUUAUCAUAAAGUCUACAUGUGUCUAGAGUUGCAUUGCUUGGGUGACAUAAGUUUGAAUUUUUGUCUAUCUCAGCUGGCCAGUAUGCGACUGUCUGAUUGCUUUCCAUUCCUCUGGAUAUCCCCUUGAAAAGGCUGAGGCGUACGUUGCUUUAAGGAAGCCUUUUUUAGUAAAUGACCUGGAACAUCAGCACCUUCUUCAUGAUCGACGUAAGGUUUAUAAGCAUCUUGAAUUAUUUGGAAUCCCUGUCCCAAGAUAUGCUCUUGUAAAUAGGGAAUUCCCGUAUCAAGAGCUGGAUUAUUUUAUCGAGGAAGAAGAUUUUGUUGAGGUUAAUGGUAUGCGAUUUUGGAAGCCUUUUGUGGAAAAGCCUGUUAAUGGUGAUAACCAUAGUAUCAUGAUAUACUAUCCCAGUUCAGCAGGUGGAGGUAUGAAGGAAUUAUUUAGGAAGGUUGGCAACCGAUCCAGUGAAUUCCAUCCAGAGGUGAGAAGAGUGAGGCGUGAAGGCUCCUACAUAUAUGAGGAAUUUAUGCCAACUGGAGGGACAGAUGUUAAGGUGUAUACAGUAGGCCCAGAAUAUGCUCAUGCUGAGGCAAGGAAGUCUCCUGUUGUUGAUGGAGUUGUUAUGAGAAAUCCUGAUGGGAAGGAAGUUAGGUAUCCUGUGUUACUGACACCUGCUGAAAAGCAAAUGGCAAGAGAGGUUUGCGUUGCAUUCCGACAAGCGGUUUGUGGGUUUGAUCUCUUGAGAUGUGAGGGACGAUCAUAUGUAUGUGAUGUGAAUGGAUGGAGUUUCGUUAAGAACUCACACAAGUAUUAUGAUGAUGCUGCAUGUGUGCUGCGGAAGAUGUUCCUAGAUGAAAAAGCACCUCAUCUUUCAUCAGCAAUUCCACCAACUUUACCAUGGAAAUUAAAUGAACCAGUUCAACCUUCUGAGGGAUUAACUCGUCAGGGUAGUGGUAUUAUAGGGACCUUUGGACAAUCUGAAGAACUGCGUUGUGUAAUUGCUGUUAUUCGUCAUGGCGAUAGAACUCCUAAACAGAAGGUGAAGCUGAAAGUUACCGAGGAAAAGCUGCUAAAUAUAAUGUUGAAAUACAAUGGAGGACGACCUAGAUCAGAGACAAAACUUAAAAGUGCAAUCCAGCUGCAAGAUCUGUUAGAUGCCACUCGAAUGCUAGUGCCUCGAACUAGACUAGAUCGAGAAAGUGAUAGCGAGGCCGAAGAUAUUGAGCAUGCUGAAAAGCUUCGUCAAGUUAAAGCAGUACUUGAGGAGGGGGGCCAUUUCUCUGGCAUAUAUAGGAAAGUUCAGCUAAAGCCACUAAAGUGGGUCAAAGUUGCCAAAAGCAGUGGUGAAGGUGAAGAAGAACGACCUGUUGAAGCUUUGAUGGUUCUUAAAUAUGGUGGUGUUCUGACACAUGCUGGCAGAAAGCAGGCUGAAGAACUGGGAAGAUUUUUUCGGAAUAAUAUGUAUCCAGGGGAAGGUACAGGUCUUCUUCGACUCCAUAGUACAUAUCGACAUGAUCUAAAGAUUUACAGCUCUGAUGAGGGUCGAGUGCAGAUGUCUGCUGCAGCAUUUGCCAAAGGUUUACUUGACUUAGAAGGGCAGCUAACACCAAUCCUGGUUUCCCUUGUUAGCAAAGACUCCUCCAUGUUGGAUGGACUUGACAAUGCCAGUAUUGAAAUGGAAGAAGCCAAGGCUCGGUUGAAUGAGAUCAUUACCUCUAGUCCAAAGAUGGCUCAUAGCAAUGGAUCAUCUGAAUUUCCUUGGAUGAAAGAUGGAGUAGGAUUGCCGCCCAAAGCAUCAGAAUUACUUGUCAAGCUGGUGAAAUUGACCAAGAAGGUCACUGAACAAGUAAGACUACUUGCUAUGGAUGAAGAUGAGAAACUUACAGAAAGAAGCUCAUAUGAUGUAAUUCCUCCUUACGACCAAGCAAAGGCACUUGGCAAGACAAAUAUUGACAUUGAUCGCAUAGCUGCUGGAUUACCUUGUGGAAGUGAGGGUUUCCUUCUGAUGUAUGCCCGCUGGAAAAAGCUUGAAAGGGACUUGUAUAAUGAACGGAAGGACCGCUACGAUAUUACUCAAAUUCCUGAUGUUUAUGAUUCUUGCAAGUAUGAUCUCUUGCACAAUGCUCAUCUUAACUUGGAAGGACUGGAUGAGCUUUUCAAAGUUGCUCAGGCACUUGCUGAUGGUGUUAUUCCAAAUGAAUAUGGAAUUAAUCCAAAGCAGAAGUUAAAAAUUGGCUCCAAGAUUGCACGCCGUUUGUUGGGGAAAAUUUUAAUCGACUUGAGGAACACUCGUGAGGAAGCAAUUAGCGUUGCCGAGUUAAAGAGUAACCAAGACCAUGUCUCGUCGGCCUUAAAAACUGAACAGGAUGACACGGAGUCCAAUUCAAAGCUUUUAAAUAAGAAUGAUGAGCCAAGAAGAUCCGCCACUUUCAGUGAUAUUUCAUUGGAUCAAGAUGAUGAUGAUGAUAAAGAGACAAAAUAUCGUUUAGAUCCAAAGUAUGCCAAUGUGAAGACACCUGAGCGCCAUGUGCGAACAAGACUGUACUUCACAUCAGAAUCACAUAUACAUUCUCUCAUGAAUGUAAUUCGUUACUGUAAUUUGGAUGAAUCUCUUCAAGGUGAAGAUAGUCUGGUUUGCCUUAAUGCGCUAGAGCGCCUUUGUAAAACGAGGGAGCUUGACUAUAUGAGCUACAUUGUGCUGAGGCUGUUCGAGAACACAGAGGUGGCUUUAGACGACCCAAAAAGGUUUCGCAUGGAGCUGACCUUCAGUCGCGGUGCGGAUUUAUCCCCCUUGGAGAAGAAUGAUAGUGAAGCAACUUCAUUGCAUCAAGAGCACACCUUACCCAUUAUGGGUCCUGAAAGGCUGCAAGAAGUAGGAUCAUUUCCGUCGUUAGAAAAAGUGGAGAAGAUGUUUCGUCCUUUUGCUAUGCCUGCAGAAGACUUUCCUCCCCCAGAAACACCUGCUGAGUUCCCGACCUAUUUUCCUAAGAGCGUGCUUGAGCGCCUGGAAAAAACAAAAAGUUACGAAGUGGGGACCACGGUACCACUGAAAACAAGGAAACGCAAUUCCCCUGUAAUGAGGAUCCUUUUGAGAUUUUGGUGGUAACUGGUGACUUCCGCUUUCCCUUUCAUUCCUCGAGACUUCUGGAUACUUCACUUGUUUCCCUUUUCAACUCUUGCUUUAGCGACUUUUUCUCUUUAUGAAAUGGGAAAUAAAGCCAACAAAAGACGACUACAGGUAAAGCAAUAGGUGUCCAUCUUCUUGGCGUGCACGUAUUAGCCCCAUCACAUUGGAGCCUCAUCAUGUCAAAAGUCCAUAUCCUAAUAGAACUAUUAAAUAUU